CACAAGCUGUAUCUUAGCUGUUUCGACGACUGGACAAAACACCGUGCAUCACACUAUUCGAAUUGCUGUUUGCCAGUGCGGAAGAAUGCUGGCCCUUUCCUCGACUCGCUGCGCUGCAUUCAGUGCCACAACUCGCGUGCAGCAGCCAGCGCGCCCGAUUGGCUUUCCUGCUCCUAGCCGCACUGCCUUGGUAGUUGAGGCUGCAGUCCCUAAGAAGAAGACCAGCAAGAUGAAGACUGCCAUUCGCAAAGCUGCCUGGAAGAAGGAGGUCCUUCCCUAUGUGGAGCUGGCUCUAUUUAAGGCCAAGAGGGCGCUACAGGCGGGCAAUCGUGACUCGACCGAUAAGGAUAUGGUGAUUGGCGGGCAAGCAGCUCAGCCAGAGGGGGCCAGCCCAGAGAGCUCGGAGACUCAGUAAGCGGAGGACCGCUUGAAAGGGGCCCAUAUCGCCAUGGGUUGUAAGCAUAGCGGAAAUAUUGUCAGGGGGCUUGUCUAUGCUCGCGAUUUUGAGUUCUUCCAGCGGCUUAGCAAGCGGAGGAAUGUGGUCCCCGAUGUCCGGCGUCACGACUAGGAGCUAGCGUGCUGCACUUGGCAGCAAUUUUGGGACGUUACUCCAGUUUCCGGAUGCGAAGGGGACUGCUGAGGCGACGGUCACCUGGGUCGGGGACGAGGGCUAGUAGGGUGUGGACUUCCAUGGGGCCUCACAGUUUGACGCUAGCAGUGUAGCCCGCGGCUGGCCAGUGCAGAUUGCACGUGUGCCCUAGCAAAGAGAGUGUAUGGGGCAGUUGGCAGCAUGGCGCUUAGGUGAGGUGCGAGAUUGAGUCGCCUUAGCUGUAGGGUUGGAUGUUUUGGCUGUACGGGUGUCAUGCUGCUGUUGUUGUUGUCAUGCCUGGCAGGACUGCUGGAUACCCCAACAACACGCAGCAUGUCGCAGACAGGUAGUUAAACAUGUGUCAAGUGAGGAAGGGAGAGAUAUGUCAAGAGGUUUGCUGAGUGAGGCAUCUUUCAAAGAGCUGCUGGACAUGAUGAUACGUCUUUAAACGGUGGCUGAUGCUUCA